AUGGCACAAGCCGUUGUGCAAGUCGGGUGGUACCGGUACAUACCGUUUCUCGGAUACCACCACGUGUUGAUGAUCCUCAUAGCCGUCGCUAUAAUCCUACUAUCCCUUUUGCUGGCCGGCUGCUCUUCUUCAAGUCCGCUCAUCCCAGGCAUUUUCCUCCUCUCGCUCUACUACCACCACUAUACCGCCGUUCCCUCAACGUCACAGGUUGACUACAGUGUCAGCGCCGCCAUCAGCAACAUUGCCGGAAGCGCCCAUCUGCAGGCCCGCGUCGGCUUCUUUGGCAUCUGCAUCAACCCCGAUGGCGGCGCUUGGCUUUGCUCCAACAAUGCUACAGCCUUGGCCAACGAGAUCAGCGUCGACCAGGAUCCGCUGAACCUGAUCUGGAUGGCCAAUCAGUUCAAGGAUAUGAUUGUCUUUCCCUAUCUGAUAAUCAUCGCCAUCAUCUUCGCCUUUGUCUGUCUGCUGAUGCUCGCCACCUUUCCCGGCUGGCACGAGGAGGACGACAGCGAGGGCUCCGAGCGCGAGGUGAAGCCGUUCCCGUCGCGGUUCGUGUCGCAGAUCGCGCUGGCCAUCAUCUUUGUGUCGGCCAUCUUCAUUUUGGUGUCGGUACUAUGGCAACACACGGCAUCCGUGGCAGCCAGCGUGAUCGCGCAAGACUUUGGCAACGGCAGCGUGAAAUCGGGCAUUGGCGCCAGCGCUAUGGUGAUGGGCUGGUUCUCGUUUGCGCUGCUGAUUGUCGUCACGAUAGGCCUGCUGGUCAUGAUCCUGAGCAUCCGGGUGCUGAACCAGCUUGCUGACUAA